CAGUCGGCGCUGAUCGUGGAACCAAACCUGAACCAGACCCGAAACUGUGUGCAAAGAAAUAGCACAUUUGACAGGAUACCGUUUUCGCUUCAAUUUUGUUUCUUUAGUCUGCGAGACAGGACAUUGCAUGUCCUCGUCAACACGAACAUGUACUGCCCAGGAAACGCUACACCUGGUCACGGACCUCCGCCGUUCGGACCUCAACCACCCCAUGGCCCUCCGUUCAGACCCCGAGGGCCCUGUGGUGUUCCUCCUCCGGGACAUUUGCCACCUGCACCUUGCGGACCAUUUUCGGCCUCAGCACCGGAGAGCCAUUUUCUCCACAACAGGCUACCGAGAGAGCAUUUCAUCAGUCCCCACUGUAGCAGCUUCUCCAUAGAUCGUAGUACAGUGAAUGCUUUGGGAGGCAGCCAGCAGAUCGUCCCUCCUGUACAACCACAUCACGUUCAAGUCCCACAGUGGAAUCCCACUCCUGUGGAACAUCACACUCCAGACAGCAGUGAGCGGGCUGGUGAGGAAUUCCUGAGAUGCAUCGCAGCCAACAAGCCUCUCCCAGACUAUCUCAAAGGGAACAUGGCAUACAACCUGGCUGACGCAUUUAAGUCGGCUAAUAUCCUGAAAGACAUCCUUAAAUCUGACCCCAAGUUCCAGAAGCAUGCGACCAGGAGCAAAAGCCGUAGUCGAAGCCGCGGCAAAUCUCAAGCAAAGAGUCGUGCACGAAGCAAAAGCCGAGGUAGAGCAAGGAGCAAAAGCCGUGUACGGGGCAAGAGCAGGGCGAGAAGCAAGAGCAGGGCUCGCAGUAGAAGCCAGAGCCGAAGCAAGAAGAAGAGUCAUGUGCGGAGCAAGAGCCGGGUCAGGAGGCCCAGGUCACGAAGUAGCAGUGGUGAAAAGAGUCAUGGCAAAGAGGCAAAGAGAAAGAGGAGCCACAGCGGUAGUGUUGUCAGCAAUCAUAAUCUGACAGGGAAUAGCCUGUUGGAAGGACUGAAGCUGGUCAUGAACAGCAAAGAGCUGGAAGAGCGGUUGCCCACCCUCAAAGAUGCCAUCCUCACUAUUCAGGUAGAGCUCAUCUUUCAUUCUCCAAAAUGUCUUGUUUCAGUUUGUUAUCCUAAAACUAUGGUUCAGGACCACUAGCAUGUAUAAGCCAUACACAAAAAUAUAUAUAGUGUUUCUAUUAAGAUAAUAUAUCGGUACAAGAUGGAUUCUUUAUUUACCUUUUCCAAGGACUUUAUUGCUACAUUAAAUUAACUCGAGACCUCCUUGAUGUAACUUGAUUACAUAGAUCAAAAACCUGCUGACUUCCAAAGAUCAAUACUGUUUUUAAUGGCUGGGUGUUGACAUACCGUUCGGUAUACCGCGCAUCACUACAUGUAACUCUGCAACCUCCAUUAACUUAAGCUGUUAGCUUCAUUGUUUAGCCAAGCAGGACUGUGCUGCCCACCGGUGGCUAAUCGCUAACUUUAACUGACUUCUUACAAUUUCAACAUUGAUAUAUUGUAAUGUAGCAUUAUCAGGGGAAAAGGGUGCGUCCCCUGGACACGUCGGUAGAGUUUACUGCGUCCUUUCAGUUUUAAGGUGCUGUUAGUCUGGUGCAGUACCUUCGGUGACCAUACUGAAGAAAAGCAAGUAGUCACGUUUUCAGAAUAUCACUUGGUACCAAAGUAUGGGUUUUCGUGACAUCCCUAGUUGUCUGCAUCAACAGCUGCAGCAGAAAUCAGCCUCUUAAACGUCUCAGCCAAUACCUAUAUCAAUAGUCAUGAAGGAUAUACUUUUAACCAUUUAUGAUUAAUUGUGAGAGCAGUAUGUUGCUCGUCCACAUGCACACAUGUUUAAGUUGAGUGUGAUUUAUAAAUAGAAAUGUUUUUGUUGUAGGCCCCAGAUUUUUAGGUAGAGGACCAAAUAUUUUAUCACCCCAAAAAAGUGUUUAUUUUGUAAGUGACUAUAAAAUCUUAUAAAUUCCUCUAAUAUAAGUUGUUUGUAGAAAAACUGGAUCCUCCCAGCUAAUCUUGUGCACUGCACAAGAGGAGGGUGCCAACAUUACAUACAGUGGGUACGGAAAGUAUUCAGACCCCUUUAAAUUUUUCACUCUUUGU